CAGGUGGCGCUGAUCAGCCGCGCUUCUCCUUACGCAACCAAAUCUACAAUGUCCUGUACGGGGUUCCGUAGUUAUUUUGUGAUGAACAACUUCAUGGGAGAUAUGCAUUUGCUGAUUGAGAGAAGUUAAUGUAACAAGUCUAAUUAUUAACCCAGCAGAGAUGAGUGAUAUUCGACAUGCAUUGCUGCGGCGUGAUCCGCUGAGCGCGGCUAAAGAGGUUCUGUAUCAUCUGGACAUCUCACUGGGCAGCGCUCUGCAGAGCUCCACGGGCCCCAUGCCUGGAUUAGAGAAGAGCACGGUGGAGCUGGUGGAGGAGUUCAUCUUUCACGUCCCUAAAGACAGGAACAUCCAGCCUAAGAGGAUGAGCUGCGUUCAAGAACUGCAACUGCUGGAGAUCAUGUGUAGUUACUUCCAGGAGCAGAGCAAAGACGCAAUCCGACAGAUCAUUUUCUCCGCCCUCUUCAGUCUCCAAGGCAACAAGGCUGAUGAGAGCCGCAUGGCCAUGCUUGGGAAGCUAGUUUCUAUGGCGAUAGCCGUGUGUCGGGUUCCCAUACUAGAGUGUGCAGCCACCUGGCUCCAGCGCACGCACUCUGCGUGGUGUGUGCGUUUGGCUCAGGUGCUGAUGGAUGAUUACUGUACACUGGUGCCGUGUGCCAUCUCUACCCUGCAGAACAUCUAUUCAGCCAGUCCUCGCUUCUGCUGCCAGCUCAUCACUGCAGUCACCGCACUCUAUGACUUCUCCUCAGAAGAGUUGACUCCGCCCCCUGCGCUCUUGGAGAUGCUGGUUGGUUGGAUCACGGAGGAUCCCAGACUGCUGCUCCUCACCUUCAUCAACACGCCCCUCAAUUCCAGCCUGCCGUUAGGUUGCCUAGAGAUCACGCCUCUUUUGGGUCUGCUCCGCUGGUGUGUGAAAGCUCCAUUAGCCUAUCAGAGAGGCCGGAAGUUGGCUUUGACCAAUGGUCAUGGAGAAAGUGAAAAAGGAACAGCAUAUGAAGAGCUGUACUCUAAACUGCACCUCAGUGUUCUUCAAGUCUUUCUCAUGCUGCAGGUCCACCUGACAGAACAGAAUUUGAUUGGCCGGCUAGCCGUGCUUCCUGUGGAGUCUGUUGCCGCGCUAGUAGAGGAAGUCAGCCGCCUCUGUGAGAAGCUCACAUCCCUCUCUGCUGCCAAUCAUAUCCAGCUGGCUCUGGAUAGGCUGGCACAAGCUCUUCAGGUCGCCAUGGCAACAGGAGCCCUUCUGUGUGCCAGAGAGGACCUGCGGACUUUGUGCUCCAGACUUCCUCACAACAAUCUGUUACAGCUUGUGAUGUCCGGUCCAGUGGUGCAGCCUCCACCUCACAGUGGACCCUUCCAGCCCAACAUAUACCCACACAUCCACCCGGGUCGACCCUCCCCUCUAUCUCCCCACAGCCCGCACCAGUCCGCCCUCCCCUCACCGCACAGCCCGCACCCCGUACUCUCACCGCACCCCACACAUCCAGCGCUCUCCCCACAUCGCCCGUUAACGGCCCACGCCGCACACCCUUCUCUCUCUCCACACGCCUUUCAUCCUGCUGCCAUGGCCUUUCCGUACCGGCCCAUUCGUUAACCAGCAAACCAGGACUUUUGGACUACGCUCCUUCCUUUUGGGAUGAGAACAAACUGUUUUUUGUUAUGUUUUAUAUUGGAUGAUCUUCAAAACUCUUGGUUUGAAAAGUUCUUGUAGUCACAUGGUUAGCUUGGCCAGAUUGUAUGGUCUUGCAUAUCACAAAUUGGAUAUACAUUGUGUCAUUAUUUCAGGUUUGAUAAGGACUUUAAAAAGCGCUUGUACAGAUGGAAUGAGAAGUGUUAUUUCAGCUAAAAAAGAAGUCAUACCAUCAAAUAUAUUUUUGGAAAAGUGAUCUUUGUGGUUAUUUAAUGGACAGUUUAAGUAGCAAAUUAAACACUUUUUAUACUUAGUGGAAUUUUAUUUUCCCCAAAGUGAAAAUAUUCCUGUUUGGUUUCAAAAAGGAAUUAGUAACAUAAAAAAAAAGCAGUUUAGUAAAUACUUUUAUUCUUCAAGCUAAAAUUUGCAUGUGAGUAGGUUGUUACAGAUGUUGAGAAUUUAAAUUUAAUUUUUUUUCAUUUGCUAAUAAAAAUAAGAACAUAUUUA